GUACUAUAUGUAAGACGACAAGGACGGCGGCAAGGUAACUGUACGACACAAAACCUGGACGGAUCAGCAGCCAUCAAAACUUGUUCCUGCUUUGAGUUUUCAACCAUUCCUCACGCUUUUCGAAUUUUGCUUUGGGUUACCGAAUUGUCAUAGGCAUGGGCAGCUCAAACCAAAGAUUCCCCACCCGGUGUUGUACAGCCGUAUGUCGUGUUAUCUGCGUAGGCUUGAACACGCGCCCGCCGGCUUCUCGGAGGGUUUAAGACGCCGCUCGAGUGGUUUUGAAGGAGAAGGCGAGUUUUGUACCAAAUUGUGCCUUUCUUUAGCAAGACCACUGGGCUUUCGGCUGGUACGUUCAAAAGCUCAAGAGAAUAUUGCGACGCUCCUCUGGACCUACCGUUUGCUUAUUUACCCUUUCUGUUCCAAAUCAAUGACAACAGUGACCCACGAAGCUGCCUGUCUUCCCGGUGGCGUACCCCUCGGACCUGAACACUAUGAUCUCGCAACUCGAUUUUUGGCCCGUUGCGUUCUGGACGUUUGGAAUCUGGUUUCUGGGGCGAUGGGUCGUCGCGGCUACGCGAUACUCGCGCAAAACGAAGAGCCACGGCUGCGGCACGCUCAAGUCUUACCCGCACCGGGAACCCUUACUGGGCCUUGAUUUCGUGCUGUCCAUGAGCGCUGCCUUCAAGGAGCACCGAUGGCUAUCCUGGAUGGAGGACACAUGGGCGUCGGUCGGAGCCAAGACAUGGCAGGCGCGCUUCAUGGGUUCUCGGAUGAUAUAUUCUUCUGAGAUGGAGAACAUGAAGGCCAUGAGCACCUCUCAGUGGCAGGAAUUCGUCCUAGAGCCCAUCCGCGUGGAUAACGGAGUGGCCACGCCCUUCACCGGAAAAGGCGUGAGCACCGCCGAUGGCGCCUUCUGGCACCGCAGCCGCGACUUCAUCAAACCGUACUUUGAGCGCCAGGCCUUUGCCAAUCUUGACCGCUUGCAAUUGACUACCGAUCGCAUGCUGGACCUCAUCCCGACCGAUGGCACGACCUUUGAUAUGCAAGUGCUGAUUCGACGAUGGUUCUUGGACAUCUCCACGGAAUUCUUGUUCGGCGGAAAUCGGGACUCUCUCACGUUUCCGGAGCGCGAGGACGUCAUGUUGGCCAUGGUGGAGAUCAUGCGGGGCAUCCGCGUCCGACUCACCAUGAGCAAGUUUCUGUGGCUUCACCGCGAUCCGAAGUGGUUCGCGGCCGUCCAAGCGGUUCACCAAUUCAUGGAUAAGCACAUCGACCAAGCAUUCGAAGAACGACGCGCGUUGAAGGCGUCCACUGGAACGGACUCCACCGCAGGCUCUAGUCGAACCGAUCUUUUGUGGGAUCUGACUGCCCAGUUUGAGCCCUCACAGAAGAAGCUGUUACGGGACCAGAUCACAGCCGUCUGGGUACCCAGUAAUGAGACAACGAGCAUUCAUAUCUCCAACGCAAUUUACUGUCUCGCGCGACACCCUCAAGCUUGGCAAAAGCUGCAAAGCGAGGUCGAGGCCCUCAGUGACGAACCGCUAACCUUUUCAAGGCUUCGUGGUAUGAAGUAUCUUACCGGUGUCAUCAAUGAAACCCACCGGCUCAUGCCAAAUAGCAUCAUGAUGAUUCGUCAAGCCGCUAACGACACCACGCUACCGCGCGGCGGUGGUCCUGAUGGUUCUCAGCCCAUCUUCGUCGAGAAAGGUGACAUCGCGCACUGUAACCGCUACCUGCUCCACCGCGACGAGUCCUAUUGGGGUGCGGACGCUGCAGAGUUCAAACCUGAACGCUGGGAGAAUGCCCGACCCUUGUGGAAUUUUGUGCCUUACGGUGGCGGGCCUCGCAUUUGUCCCGCGCAUGUCUUGUCAGAUGGGCAAGCAGCGUACGUGUUGGUAAAAUUCUGUCAACGCUUCAAGAACUUGGAAGCGCGUGAUCCGGAAAAGUACGUGGCAGUGAUGCGCAUCGGUCCGAGUAGCCUCAAUGGUGUGAAAAUCGCGGUGGAACGACGUUAGUUCAAGUGAUGGAAACUUGGGCGAUAUCUUGAGGUGCG